AUGGCUCAGGCGAUCGACACCUUGAAACGACGACUGGAGACUAUCUUAUACGACUUUAAACGAGCACGAUCCACGUGGCAUGAGAUUAGUGACCAUACCUUGUCCGAUGUCAAUGCUCUUGUCAAUGCCUUGAUUCAGUCCAGAUACGUGGAUGAUGCAGCUUACUGGCAUCCGGCACUAUGCAUGGAAUAUCCCAACAUGACACAAGCAUAUAACAAAAAGAUCCAAUGGGUGAUUGAUCAGCAUCACAACAAGGUAUCGAGCAUGGUGGAUAAGAUGGGGAAGCAACAUGAUAAGAUGAGGCAACAAAUAUCGGAACUGCAUGUCAUUUGCAAGCGUGCCAGCGAUCUCCGUGGUGACAGUUUUGUGGAACAUGAACCUCUCUUCAAGACGUGUCCCAUGCGCACCUAUGUGGUACGCUUUGAAUCGAUUGUGGCCAUGUAUACGGAUGCGAUGGGGGUACUUGGAUCGUUACUGAGCAACAAGGGAUUCAAGGAUAUCAAGAGUCGAGAAGCAGGGCUUAGUAUAUUAUCAAUAUGGAUUCAUCAGCCUAGUAUCAAUGAUGAUUAUAUCAAGGAAUUUGAAGAGCUUUGCGAGAUUGAAAUACAUGCGUGA